UAAGUAGUUUUACAGUUACAUCAAUACACCCAUUGCCGAUAACAAUUAAUCAAAUACCCUCAAACACAGCCAAACAACAGUGACGAGAUCACGGUGACUUCAGACUCGUAUAGGACUCUUAUUACGGACACAUGAUUAGUGCAAGGUGGUGGCUGUGAAGGACACGUCACCGUCAGCUGUGCCUCCACCACCACCACCGACAGCAGCAGCAGGCAGCAGCAUCAGCAGUCCCGCGCCGCCACCUGACGGACGGUCUCACACCCACCAGCCGUCAACAUGUUGUUGAAACUAACAUUGCCGUGGCUGUUUCUGGCCUCCCUGGCAUCAACACAACAAAGAGUAGCUCCUGGAGUGCCUACCAACCAAUACCAGCAGCAGCAGCAGCAGCAGCCCCAGCGCGGCCAGGUAGCGCAGCAGGGCGGCCACUACCAGGCGGGUGCCCCAGGAGUGCCACCCCAACAGUACCAGCAAGCCCCAGGUGUCCCACCACAGCAGUAUCAGCAGCAACAGCAGUAUCAGCAACCACAGCAAUACCAGCAGCAACAACAGUUUCAGCAGCCACAGCAGCAACAAUUCCAGCCACCACCGCCACCCCAGCAGCCACAGCAGCAGCAGCAGCAAUUCCAGCAACCACAGCAAGUACAGCAGCAGCCACAGAUGCAGCCACAUGGAGGACAUGGAGGAGGAGGCCACAACCAGCGUGUAUUGCACAACCCUAACCUGAGUAGUGAGCGUGACCACAUCAAGGACCAUCUGGAGGUGCCCAUUGACACUGCUAGCAUGUCUGACCAGGAGCUGCAGUUCCAUUACUUCAAGAUGCAUGAUGCAGAUAACAACAACAAGUUGGAUGGCCAGGAACUCAUCAAAUCUCUCUUCCAUUGGCAUGACUCUGCCAACCAUGAAGGAAAAGCUGGCCACCCACAGCCUGAGGAGAAGUUGUUCACCGACAUUGAGUUGGUGAACAUGAUUGAUCCGAUACUUGAUCAAGACGACAAGAACAAGGACGGCUUCAUUGAUUACCCAGAGUUUGUGCAGGCUCAGCGUAAUGCUGCCGCUGCUGCUGCCUCCAACACCCAUGCUUAGAAUGGCAAGUGGUGGGAGAACAACUAACAUCGAGUGUGGUGCCAUGGGAGCUCCCUAACUAGUGCUCUCUUCAGGCUGCCUCACUUCCCAUCAUCAAGGAAUGCCUCUUUGUGGGCACCAUCCCAAGAUUCCUGCAUUACAUCCAUGUUUGAGGAAUGUACCUGUUGGUAUUGGUUAUGGAGUGUACCAGUGUAUCCCAUAUAAAUGGUCUCCUAGGUGUUUUUGGGCCUCAGUGGAGCAUAUUCUAUAACUUAAGUAUUUUCCAAUUAACUUAUUUUCUACAAAAAAAAUAUAUACUGUAGUUUCAUUGAACACAACGCACAUUUAAUACGCUUACACCUCAGUCUAAUUUUGUUUUCUGCAAAUAGUGACUUGAAAAAUAUGUUUUGAAAUACUGAGCAGUGACAAUGAUGGAUGUGAGAAAUACACUUGCAGUGUCAAAAAUGCAUCACAGGGACAGUGAUCUCCCAAGAACUUGUUUAUCAAAUUGUGGUGAUAUUGAAGGCUGCACCUGUGACUAAGCUGUUAGGGAGCACCACCAGUGCUUUUCUCUGAUAGGGCUGAUGUGGUGAAGGUGCUUUAAUUUUUUUACAGAUCUGAGAAUUAGUUGGUGAAUAUUUUGUAUUUUAGUCAACUUGAUGACAGAAAUUUGUUGAUGUUGAAAUAAUAUUGUUAUUACAUAUAGUUUGUCGCUUUUCAGUUGGUACUGUGGGAACUUUAUUGAAAUGAUUUUUAAAAACGAUCAAGAUUUUGUUUAAGAAUUAUCAUGAUCUCUUUUCUUGAAGCCGAGUAGGACAAGCUGUGUGAAUCAAUGUGAAAUUGCAUAUUCAGUGCUGACUUCUUCCAUAGAGUUCCAACAAAGUCUUCAUUCUUUUUAGUAUUGUUCUACAUUGAUUCCAAUGUUAGAAUAUUUCUUGAUAUUUCAUAAAACCUAAUUAACAGCAGUUGCCAAAAUAUUUAAGUAUAUAAUAAACAAAAUGAUUAUUCAGAAACAUAAUUGAAUGCAAGACACAGUAUUUAUGAAAUAAGAUGAAAUAUUUUAACUGCAAAGUCAUUGUAAGCUAUAUACAAGAAGGAGAAAGAAAUCACAGAGUUGCUGUGCAUGCAGCAUCUUGUUAGUGUGUGGCUUCAAAGCUCACUAAGGUUCAAGCAGUGUGCUCGGUGCUCUUCCACUGAACAGAUAAUGCUUUUUGUUGAUGAAUUGUUUUGAUAAACACAAAAAAUAUUUAUUGCUUUGUUAGUGUGGUGGAGCUGUUGAGUCCCUUAAAGUUAUCACAAGUGUCUGCCUGACAGUUCACAUAUGUACAUCAGCACAAGGUGUGUGAAUGUACUAACAGACAAGCAUGUAUGCAUGCAAGUAAGCAGCAUAAAAACCUGAAGACAGAGGCUUAACGGUGGAGUUUUAUUUCUGAUAUAAAACGUAUUUGAUAAAACACUAUCACUUUCCUACACAUUGUCAGUAAAACUUUACAAUUAUUCUGUGGUCUCAUAAUACAUCUCCAUUUGCCUCACUUUAUCUCUCAGAUUUGUUAGCCCUGAACAUUGCACCAAAGUGUUUCAGGCAAAACUGAAUGGUCUUCCAUGCUGCAUUACCACACAUGACUGAGAAUUGAUUGUGGAUGAUGAAAUGAAAGUGUGUGUGGGUGUGGUUGUGUGUGUGUAUCCCAUUCAUUUGUUCUUUGUAUGAUCUAUAUGUAUAUUAAAGGCAAUUUUCUGCAGUAUAUUUAUAUACAAAGGAAAGAGGCAUACAAUAUUACUGACUUACACUCACUCUUAUAAGUAUAAUCAUAGAUGCCUCUGUGUGGAAUAGUGCAUUCUCAAUUUUAAAAGACUUGUAUAACAAUUGUCUACAUAUUGUGAAUAUAGGAGGAAAUAUUGAUAAGUACUUGGCUACAGUCUGUACUGCACUGAAGCACUUGCAGCAAGUCUAUCCCUGGGUAGGUGAACAGUGCAUAAUCAGCAUGCAUGGCUGGGUGUGACAAUGAAUAUAUAUAUAUAUAUAUAUAUAUAUAUAUAUAUAUAUAUAUAUAUAUAUAUAUAUAUAUAUAUAUAUAUAUAUAUAUAUAUAUAAUCACAAUAGCAGGUGGUAAAUUGACAGCAAUAACUUUAACAAUGAUAACCAAUAAAUUUAUUGCUACAUAAUCGAUAAAUUGAUAAAUCCAGUUUUGAUACUAGCAGUAACUAUAUUGAUUUUUCAGAUAAAGAAUUGAUAAAUCUAAAUCUUCGUUUCUACCAAAGGAAACUUAGGAAAAUCUUCAAAUUCUAAAAUUCAAAAUCUGCAUCCUCUCUUCACUAAUGAAAAGUAGCUACUGUUUUAUGUAAAAUAACUACAAUUGGUUUGAAAGUUUAAAACUCCUACUUCCCCUUGUUCCAAAAACUAAAAUUAUUGAUUAUCAUUAGUUUGGAACCAUAAGAAUCAGCGAUACCGAUUAAUCGAUAACGUGGGAAAAGUAAUAAAUGUGAUAGCCGAUAACCUGCUACCCUUAUCGUGAUACGUUAUCGGGAUAACGCCCACCCAUGAUAGACAGUGUUGCAGUGAAGCCAGCCUAUUAGUACUCAAGGUGGUCUGAGGCAGCACACUUCCACACACAUCAAUGUCAACAUCAUUCAUUGGCAGUAACUGGUGAAGUACAAAAAAUGCUGCUUCAGUGAUAGUGGCCAAUGAUUGUUGUUCCAUAAUGUUCGAACACUGAAAAGGGUACAUCAUGUACAGAUAAUAUUUAAUAUAGUAACGUGCAAUUGUAUUUUGAGAUAAUUACUAGUAGUAAUUAUUAGUAAUGGGAUUACGUUUUCUGAUUAAAUGUUCAAGAGAACUACCCGGAAGAAGCCGCAUGGGCGUGACGGCUGCUUUGUCAAGGGUCGCCGGGAGGAAAAAUUUUCUACUUUUCUUUGAAAUAAAAAAUAAAUAACA